CCACUUUCUCCACUGACUUAUGAGUCGGUGACGCCGCCAGGUCGGUUAUCUUCGGUGAAUAAACAACCAUGUCAACAAGAAGGAUCAGAUAACUUAGCCACACCUGCUGUGCUCUCUUGUCAGAAUAACUCAUAUACAGUGACAACAUCAUAGCUUGCAAGCCACACGUCUCACGCCUGAUUUACGUUAACGGGAGAAUCGCAGUAACGUUAUUAGGGUUGCCAAGGGCUCAGUGGAAAAGCGGCGAAGGGCUAGCUUGCUAGGAUAACUAGCGUCAGCUAGUUAACAUCAGCUAAUUAAGUUAAAUAUUAGAAUAGCUUGUAAGACCCUCCUUGCGACUGGAGUCGAUAUCUGAGGGGUCGCUCCAAUCUAGUGGCUAAUCAUAAGGUGACCCAGCACAUCUUGAAUUGAGACACGCGUGAGUCAGUAGCUGGGAUGUGCAAUGGCAUCGGUUCGAGUGGCUGUGAGGGUCAGGCCCAUGAACAGACGGGAGAAGGACUUAUCAGCCAAAAGCAUCAUAGAAAUGGAUGGGAACAAGACCACCAUCUCCAACCUGAAGUUGGCAGAUGGACUGACGGGCGACUCCGUGCGGGAGAGGACCAAGACCUUCACGUAUGACUUCUCAUACGACUCGGGCGACUGCAAGGGCACCAACUUCGUCUCUCAGGAGAAGGUCUUCAAAGACCUGGGCUCUGUUGUCCUCAAGGCUGCGUUUGAGGGCUACAACGCCUGCAUCUUCGCCUACGGGCAGACCGGGUCAGGGAAGUCCUACACCAUGAUGGGCAACCCGGGUGACCUGGGCCUCAUUCCCCGCAUCUGUGAGGGGCUCUUCAACCGCAUCUCCGCGAUUAGCCGUGGGGACGAGGCUUCCUUCCGCACGGAGGUCAGCUACCUGGAGAUCUACAAUGAACGCGUGAGGGACCUGCUGAGGAGGAAGUCCACCAAGACCUACAACCUGAGAGUGCGGGAGCACCCCAAAGAUGGACCAUAUGUAGAGGACCUGUCGAAGCACCUGGUGCAGAACUACACGGACGUAGAGGAGCUGAUGGAGGCGGGCAACAUCAACCGCACCACGGCCAGCACGGGCAUGAACGACGUCAGCAGCCGCUCGCACGCCAUCUUCACCAUCAACUUCACCCAGGCGAAGUUCGACGCGAUGAUGCCGUCGGAGACGAUCAGUAAGAUCCACCUGGUGGACCUGGCGGGCAGCGAGCGGGCGGACGCCACCGGGGCGACGGGCGUCCGGCUGAAGGAGGGGGGCAACAUCAACAAGUCCCUGGUCACCCUGGGCAACGUCAUCUCCGCCCUAGCCGAUCUGUCUCAGGACGGAGGGAACAGCAAUGCGAAGAAGAGGCAGGUGUUUGUGCCGUACCGAGACUCCGUCCUCACCUGGCUCCUCAAGGACAGCCUCGGGGGCAACUCCAAGACCAUCAUGAUCGCCACCGUCUCCCCGGCCGACGUGAACUACGGCGAGACGCUGAGCACCCUGCGCUACGCCAACCGUGCCAAGAACAUCAUCAACAAGCCCACGAUCAACGAGGACACCAACGUCAAGCUCAUCCGCGAGCUGCGGGCCGAGAUCGCCCGCCUCAAAACGCUGCUGGUGCAGGGGAACCAGAUCAAGCUGCUGGACUCUCCCACCGCCUUGAGCAUGGAGGAGAAACUCCAUCAGAACGAAGCCAGGGUGCUGGAGCUGACCAAAGAGUGGACCAACAAGUGGAACGAGACCCAGAACAUUCUGAAGGUUUGUUGUGAGGAGACCCUGGCCCUGCGUAAGGAGGGCAUCGGCGUGGUGCUGGACUCCGAGCUGCCUCACCUGAUCGGCAUCGACGACGACCUCCUCAGCACCGGCAUCAUCCUCUACCACUUAAAGGAGGGAAGGACAUAUGUGGGCCGAGACGACGCUUCCACUGAGCAGGAUAUCGUUCUGCACGGGCUGGACCUGGAGAGUGAGCACUGCUUGUUUGAGAACCAGAACGGCACGGUGACGUUGGUGCCCCUCAACCAGGCCCAGUGUUCUGUCAACGGCAUGCAGGUCACAGAGCCCUGCCAACUCAACCAGGGUGCUGUAAUUCUUUUUGGCAGGACCAACAUGUUCAGGUUUAACCAUCCUAAAGAGGCUGCCAAGCUGAGGGAGAAGAGGAAGAGUGGGCUUCUCUCCAGCUUGAGCCUAUCCAUGACCGAUCUCUCCAAGUCCUGUGAAAGUCUCUCUACUGUCAUGCUUUACAAUCCAGGUCUCUUCUCUGAAAAGGGCCCCAUCUUUCUCAGGUUGGAGUUUGAGCGGCAGCAGCGGGAGGAGCUGGAGAAACUGGAACACAAAAGGCGUCUGAUUAAGGACAUGGAGGAGAAGCAGCGCAGCGAGAAGCAGGAGCUGGAGCGCCUGCAGCAGGAGGUGGAGUCGCAGCGGCGCGAGUCGGAGCAGGUGCAGCAGCGCAUCCUGCGGCAGGAGGAGAGCCUGCACCGCCGCAGCCGUGACAUCGAGAGCCGCCUGCGCGACCUGCUGGCCGAGAAGGAGCGCUUCAAGGAGGAGAGGCAGCGUGAGGGAGGAGCUAAACAGCCAUCAGAACAAGCCAAGGAGACGGGGCAAGGGGACAAAGACAAAGAACAGACAGAGGAGGACAAGGAAGACGAGGAGAUGAGUGAAGACAAGGACGAGCUGGACGGGGAAGAAAAGCGAGACGGGACAGAAAAAAAAGACAACCGGGAUGAGGAAGAAGACGAAAAGGAUGGUGAAGAUGACGAGGCGCCCUCUCAUCUUCACCGUCCUUCUCCUCCUCCUCCUCUUCUUCUUCCUCAGACGCAGGCGCAGGAGCAGCAGGAGCAGCAGGAGCAGUGCGAGAUCGUGCGCGAGCUGGAGCGUCUGAACCGGGAGCGCGACCAGCAGGCGCUGCGUCUCCGCCUGGAGCGUCGGCGUCUGGAGCAGGAGGAGCUGCAGCAGCUCGGCCUCGUGGGACGCCUGGAGGACCAGCUGCGCGAGCGCCAGGAGGUGGCCGCCGCCCUGCUGGCCCGCGACGACGCCCGCCGGCUCGCCGAGGAGCGUCGCGACCUCGCCGACAUCCGCCAGGCGCUGCUGCGCGCCAACGAGGCCCGUCUGGAGCUCGAGGAAGAGGAUGGGGACGGAGGCGUCGAAGGUGACCACCACAACAACGAUAACGACAGCGGCAUCGCUUACGAGGGCCGCUCGAGACGCGGCGAGGUGGCGCAGCAGGCUCGAGACGCCCGCACCCGCUACAGCAACUUCAAGCGGGCGCAGGCGGCAGAGCUCGGGCACCAGCUGGAGACGCUCGAGCAACAACGCGAGCGUCUGGUCGUGGAGAUCGCCGUCGAGCGCUCCGCCCUCGGCACACUGAUUCGGGAGCGGGAGAAGACGGCGGGUGGCACUACCGCGCCGCUGGGCGGCAUGGCGACGGGAGCCGACGGCAACACCCAGGAGGAGCAGCAGGCGCGGGUGCAGCAGGCGGAGCAGAGGCUCCUGGUGAAGGAGAGGCAGCUGGCGUGCCUGAUGGAGAGCCAGCUACCGGCCCUGGUGGAGGAGAGGCAGAGGGCCAAGGAGGUGCUGGAGAGAGUGGAGAGGGACGGAGGAGGAGGAGGAGGAGGAGGUGCUGAUCCUACAGGUGAUGAGCUUGGGCCGCUGAUGGAGGAGAGCUCAGUGGAGCAGGUGGAGAAAGACCUGGACAACACCCUGUAUCAGGUGGAGAAGGAGCUGGAGGAGAACGAGGAGCGCCUGUCUCAGCACAGCGCCAGCGCCGAGCACCUGACGCAGCUCCGCGAGACCUACGAGUUUGCGGCGCACGUGGCGCGCCAGGAGGAGAAGGUGCGGCAGAAGGAGCGCGAGAUCCUGGAGUCGCGCGAGCGCCAGCAGAGGGAGGCGCUGGAGGAGGCGGUGACGCGCCUGGAGAGGAGGCACGCGUCCCUGCGCCGCGCCUCCUCGCUGGAGCCCAACGGCAACGAGGAGGAGAAGAGGCAGCAGGAAGCGCUGGAGACGCCGGAGAGGGCGCAGGAAACCGGCCAGAGAGUGGAGCGAGAGAUCAGGCAGCUGAGGCAGCGCCUCAGUGAGAGUGAGGGCAGCGGUGGACGGGGCCUAUGCCACAGCGGAGACGACAAGAGCAGCCGCAGCAGCUCACCGGCAUCCCCCGUCCAGGGGCCGCUUGGGGUACUGCCCACCGCAGACGACAGGAUAAACGCCUACAUUGAGGAGGAGGUUCAGAGGAGACUGAAGAAGCUCAACAUCCUGAAUGGUGACAACAACCUGGACCUCUCGCUGUCCUCCCAGUCCCUCAAGGAGGAGGCGGCAGUUGGCGAAGAGGAGAAGCUGAAUAACAAAGUUGAUCCCAGAAGAUUGAAGUAUGAGCGGCUGGUGUCGGUCCCUCUGGGCCCAUCCCCCGAGAGCCUCAGGGACCCGGUGAAGGUCAGCAUCCCCCGCUACGUGCUGCGUGGCCAGGGCAAAGACGAGCACUUCGAGUUCGAAGUGAAGAUCACGGUUCUUGAUGAGACGUGGACGGUGUUCAGGCGCUACAGCCGGUUCCGCGAGAUGCACAAAACCCUCAAGAUGAAAUAUCCUGAACUGGGCAGUCUUGAGUUCCCUCCCAAAAAGCUCUUCGGGAACCGCGAUGAGAGGAUGGUGUCUGAGCGACGGAACCAUUUAGAGUGCUACCUGAGGAACUUCUUCCGGGUCAUGAUGUCGCCCUCCUCCUCCUCCUCCUCCCCACUUAAGUCACAGGAGGGCGAGGUGCACCUGUCCAAGCACGCCGUUUGCGACAUCUCCCCCUUCUUCAAGAAGGGCGUCUUCGACUACAGCAGUCACGGUACCGGCUGACCCGACCCCGCUCCAGAAAAGAAGCAAAGAGAAAGAGAGAGAGAGAGAGAGACAGGCCCAGACAGCGAAUCAGAAUCGGGAGCGGAAACCAGGAAGAGAGGGGAGGAUUGGAUCGCAGAGAUAAAGAGAGGAUGAAAGGAUGGGUGUUGAUGAUAGGCUCUCUCCAAAGAAAGGAAAACAUACAUAGUGCCUUCCUCUGGUACCAGGGUGCCAUGUGAGCUACGUCCACCAACCAUGCAAGUUCCAAUGGGACGGCUGAAGCUUAGCUGCGUUAACUGAUGCAUUCGCCUAAAUAGCAGCGAACAAUACGGUGAGCUUCGAUUCAGGGGAGACAAAGGAGGAGAACUUUAAAAGAACCAAAGGUAAAAAAAAAGAAAAGUGCCCCUUUGACUGUUCCCUUCACAGAAAGGGAGGCUUUAAAAUGUUCGCUACAUAAUGAAGCGGUUUUCUGUCAGAUAUCAUGUUGGAAGAAAAUACACACUUGUGGCGGUGUGUAAAAGUGUAAGCGCAAGGACUGAAAGGGCUCUGAAAGAACACCACAGUGGGUGAAGUGCUCCACCUAUCUCGACUUCCACCAAUACUGCAUGACUUAAGACUUUGGAUUUAAAUAAGAUUGGGAUACUAUCAGCGCCUUGUGAGUUUAAUGAUCAUGCGUCACACUAACUGUCGAGGUUAAGAACGUGUCUAAUUCUCAGAAACCAGUUGCUGCUAUUCUAAUUCUAAUGGUUGUGAUCCUGAAGAAACAGAAGAUCUCCCAAAUAAGGCAUUGUAUCCUACCUAGUAUGCCAACGCUUGAUGUGGUGCAAUAAUAGUUGUCAGUGUAUAACAAUGUAUAUUAAAAUCAUCAGAUGUCGCCGUUUGAUUAGUACACAAUCGACAGGAGAGCAUGGCCAUUUUCAAUCUUACGGUUUGACUAAAUACAUCGGAAACACAACUCCAUUCUUUGCCAGGUUAAUAGUCCAAGCAUCCAACGGACACAAUAGUCAGUGUUUGCAUGGAUCAUGGGACACCGAAAGUAAUAAAAACAUCUUUUCAUUACCAGUAACAGCCUUCGUGAAAUACAUCACUUCAUUAUACAGCCUAGGAAUCGAUGUUAAGUUAAUUGCCAGGGUGUCAUGGAGUAAACAGGUUUACUUCGGUCUUCCUCCAACUCUGAAACCAUCAGCUCCCGUGUUGAAACACGGAAAUGUACUGUAGCUAAUGAUUUUAAUUCUCAAACAACGAAAAGAGCGUACGCGGUAAAUAGGCCAAUAGUCUGAGCCUAAAUGCUAGUUUUGUAAGGGUUUUUGUUCGUUUAUUCACUAGACAAAUGGUCACGUUUCACCAAAAUACACGCACACUUCUAAAGACAAGUGUUUUACCUUUAAGAAUUGUCCAACAUUGCCUGUACAGCCACGUAGCACUGAGCACUCUCGUAGAAGCCAUACGCUCAUAGAAUGUAUAUUUUGAAAAGGAAUACGUGCCGUAUUCGGUCUGCAUGUAAUCACGAGGUGAAAGGGCAUAAAGGGAUUGUAUUUUCAAAGCACUUUUUCUGUUCUUUUCGUUUUAAUGAAGACUUCUUACUUGUGCGAUAGGUUAAGUUUGUUCAUAGCCUGAAUUUCUACAUUGAUAUGUUUAUGAAUUUAUUUUUGUCUUGUUGUUGAGGUAAGCAUUAGUGAUAAAUAGUCCUGCUCGUUUUUUUUUUAGAUACUGUUUAAUACUAGUUUUGGGUAAAACGUUUUAUCAUCGGUUGUACAUAUUGCUUUGCUUAACUAACAGAUUUUCACAACAGCAACAUUGUAUUUGUACAUCUGUUGUAUAUCAUUGUAGUUUCAUUAAAAAAGAAACAUACUGGC